CACCUUUCAAAAUUCACAACUAUAGAUAAAUCCCUGCAAUUAACAUAUACAAUAUGAAAUUUUUAUCGGAAUUGAGUACGUGUUGUGGCAGUGCCACCAUCAAGACGGUGGUGGAUGGGCCACUGCCGGAAGAAAACGAGGAGGAGUCGGAGCUGAUAAAUCGAUCGGUGAAUAGACGUAUGGUUUCUCAGGGAAGGAAAUUAAGGAAAACAGAGAAUUGGAAACCGGCACUCCACGUCAUCUCCGAGGACAAAACGAUCGCUGACUUUGAUCGUUCCGGCAAUAAAAGAGCCUCAAAAAAUGGCGUCAAAUCUGGUCGACCACCGAAGAGGUUCGGCGACAGUUACUGGAAAAUGUCAUACGCGGUUGCCAUGCCUGCUUUUUCAGGAAUGCUAUUUUAGUAUUGAGUUCUGUUGUUGUCAUGUCCUUGUAAAUAAUUGCUCCUCCUUUUUCUUUUUUUUUUAUUUCUUUCACUUUUUUGUUUACCUCCUUGGAAAUUUAACAAAAGUAAAAAU